CGCUGCCAAAUGCCAAAAUUCUCUCUCUCAUAUUCCACUCCACAACUUUGAACAAAACACGGAAAAGGAGAAAGGGUUGUUAAUUUAUGAAAAGCAAAGAUUUUUGACUAAUCCCAAUUACUUUAAUCCUCUAGUCAAUCACAUUUCCUUCCAGUUCCCGCUUCCUUAAUUUCUUAUCACUGUUCCAUGAUUGUAGCUUAUCAGUAAAGUUAUCACUCACUCUCUUAAACAUUUCCAAAACACCAUUCGAAAGUCGGAAUUCGUCUCAUUUUGGAUCAUUCUCCGUCCUACACUGGCCCAGAGAUCCAGAAGCCGAGUUCUCAGACUUUCGGAAGGGCAGAUCCUCUGUCGGGAAUUGAUAAUAUUCGAAAAUCCCACGUCUUAAUCGCACCCCAGAUCCCAUUUCCUUCCAACUUUUCUGCAUCUCGAUUCGUGUUCGAUUUCUGGGUUGUUGGAAAAUAUUGCCAAUGUCAUGCCCGAGCAACAGUUUCCGCUACAAUGGCACCCUCUGCGCAUGCCCACCGGGCCAUCUUUUCGAUCUGACCACCAACAGCUGUGGCCUCUUCAGCAGCCCUUCGGCCAUUGUCAUGGGCCGCGUCGAGAGCUCUGCCGUUAGUUACCCUGGGACCAUGUUCUCUUUUGAUUCCCUCAGGAAGUUAACGCAGUCUCAGGUUGUGUUUCUUCAGGCUACUCUUGUCAUGCUGCUUUCCUGGCUGCUCUUCUGCUUGUUUUUGAGAUUCAUGAAGCUUGGGGAUGGCAGAAGCAUCUGGUUCAGGAUGAGAUGGUGGGUUACCAGACUGGACCUCUGCUUUGCCACAACUCAUUGGCUGGAUGACCAGAAAGUAGUCAUAAAACGGAAAACUGAGCUUGGUGGAACAUUCUCAAUAGCAAGUUGGAUACUUUUCAUUGGCUUGUUUGCUGCGUUGCUUUACCAAAUCAUAUCCAAGAGAAGCAUUGAAGUGCAUAAUAUCAAAGCAGCAAAUGCACAGGACAUGGUUUCUUUCGUGUGUGAUAUGGAAUUUAAUAUAACCACAGUCUCUACUAUGAGCUGUGAAAAUAUUCGUGAUCUUGGUUCUAUUGUGUUUGGAAAUCCUGGUUUUCUGAAACAGAAAGUAAUGCCUCUGUCAAAUUUUGCAAACUACUCCUGUCAUAACAAGAGUCAAGGGCCAACCAUCAGUUUUCGGUGUGCAAGAUGCCGUUUCAGUCAGGACAAUAUUUAUAUCUCAUGGCAGUUUGUUGAUCUUCCAAAUAGUCCUGCUAGUGCUGUUGGAUUUCAGUUUAACCUCUCUUCAAUGAAUCAUGCCAAAAAUAAUCAUGCAAGUUUUAUUAGUGGAACAUUAAAAAAUGGAAGCAAUUUUAAUGAUACACCAGUUACGUUCAGGGGGAAGAAUGCCAAUAUAGUGCAAUUCAAUCUAUUUCCAAGAAUAUACGGUAACCAACAGGAUUCUGAGCUCAUACAGCCUUUAUUUCAUGAGUUUCUCCCUGGUUCAUCCUUUCAAGAGAUAAGCGAGCUCCAAUCAUCCCUUGAGAAUUCCGAAGAUGGACUACUCAACAUCACCAUGUAUAUCAAUCUGCUCUCUUCCUACAUUGUUGAGAUAGAGAAGCAAAAUAUUUUGGGCCCUGUUAGCUUUCUGGCCAAUCUUGGUGGCCUAUAUUGCAUUAGUGUUGCCAUUUUUUCUUACCUCCUGGUGCAGUUUGAAUACAGGAUUAAAAAGCUCCGUAACGAAGAUAGAGUUAUGCGUAAUAUUAGAAAUCGAAGAAAAGCACAAGAACACUGGAAUAAGCUGAGGAAAUAUGUAAUGUAUACAUGGGGCUGCAUAACACUCGAUGGUUAUUACAAUGAUCUGUCAACAACACCAAGUUGCGCUGACUGCAUGGUUCAAUCAAGUCGUAAGCGUGCAUCGUCAGGCAAGCAAAGACCAAAGAGGGGAUAUACUACUUUCAGUUUUAACAGAGAAACUAAUCACCUGCAGACUGCCAAUCAGGAUACGAAAUUAUCUAAGGCAAGAGCUAGUGACCAAGAAAUGAGAGCGAUAGCAACCAAACAAGAACUAUCUCCAAAACACCAUGUACUCGGUUUUAUCGAUGGGGGGAAGCAAAGCUUAAAGACGGGUCCAUGUGUGGGAGAUUCCUCACGACUUGGAGACUUUUUUCAUUCUGAAGAUGUUAUUCCCCCACCACCCACAAUAGAGUUUAAGGACGGUUCUGAUAUUGACAUGUCUGAUAUCUUGAAGAAUAUCAAAAGUUUGUACAAAUAUAAUUUAAUUCUUAGAGAAAAGCUAUUGACUACUGAAUCAGAGGUUCGUGCUUUAGCAACCAAGUCCUCUCGAGAAAACGAUCACCAAAUGUAGAUCACAUGUAUCUAAGCAAACAGUUCACUUCUAUACUAUGCAUAACCUCCAUCAGGAUCCUCUUUAGGAGGUCGACUUGAGGUUCUUCUAGUCAUGUUUGCAAGGUUCAUCCAUGCGUGCCGGGGAAGAGCGACAAUUGGACCAAAAAUGAUAGAAUCAUGUUUUGUUGCCACAGAUAUAUAUAUAUUUUUUCUGUGGAUCACACUGUUCUCUUGUAAUAUUGGCAAGUAGAUAGCUUGGUGUUUGCAAUUCCCUUUGUGCCUUGGUAUGUUUGUUUCGUUUGCAGACACUCAAAUGGCAGAGGGAGAAUCCUGCCAAUGUACAUUAUUCUGUUGUGUAAACAUUUGUUUGUAUCAUGUACAGGACAUGUGAUGAAGGAAAAUAUAUUUUUGUACGUG